CUCUCUCCGUCACAUGCUUUCCUGGAUUGUUUACUUGCAGCAGUUUGGUUCUCAGCCCCCCUCCCUCCUCCUCCUCCCCCUCCCCCCUCCCAUCCAGCCUGUCUUACCCGCCCACUGUUUGGUUCCUGCUUAUGUGGUGAUAAGAGCGGAGCCGAAGACGGGACCGAGAGCCCAGCCAGGCCUUCUCACCAGACCGGCUCUUCUUUCUUGUUCUUGCAGUUGCGUCUUCAGAUCCCGGAACCACAAUGCUGCGUCUGACCUCGUCCCGGGUGGGCCGGGUCCUGGUCCACAGGGCCGCCGUGGCUCUGGGCUCCAGCGGCAGCGUGAGGACGGCCAGCCACGGACACGCAGAGGUGUCUGACAUGGCGGACAUGUCCCAGCCUCAGUACUGGGACCGGGCCGACACCCCCCUGCCGGACAGGCCCUACAAGGACGUCCUGACCGCCGCCGACAAGAGCCUGAAGCAGAAGGAGAAGGGACCCUGGGGCCAGCUCAGCAAGGAGGAGAAGAUCGCCUUGUACCGCCUGAUGUUCCACCAGACCUACCCGGAGAUGAAGCAGCGCUCGGACGAGUGGAAGACGGUCAUGGGGGGCAUCUUCAUCUUCCUGGGCUUCACGGGUCUGGUGGUCUGGUGGCAGAGGGUCUACGUCUACCCCGAGCGACCUUUGACCUUUGACGAGGACUGGCAGGCCAAGCAGCUGCAGCGGAUGCUGGACAUGAAGGUGAACCCCAUCGAGGGCUUCGCCGCCAAGUGGGACUACGAGAAGCGGCAGUGGAAGUGAAGGGAGGGACGGUCUCUGGGGGCCGCCCUGAAGCCCCCCCCCCCCCCCCUCACAGAACCCCGUCCGUCCUGCAGACGCCUUUCAAUAAAGAUUUACACAGGAAGUUCGCCUUCCUCUU